CAAAAAUCUGCAGAUUUUCCUAGGCUGUACCGGUACUGGAAAUGCCUUAGUACCGGUACAAGGCCUUCAAACGGCUGGAAAAAUUGAACUCUGGACACCAUGUACCGAUACUAGGAGUUGGCCAGUACUGGUACAAGCUUGACAGAUUUUUUGGGCAACUUCGCGGGCUCGCUUCGGACACUUCCGAACUCGGAUUUGGGUGUUCUUUGGACCGUUGGAAAGCUUGUCGAGUCUACUUUCUAACCCAAGUGGUUUGGAUCAAAAGUAGUUUGUACAUCAAAAGUUAUGAUGAUUCUACUCUCAGCUAGUUGGAAGAUGAAUUGCUUUAGUAAAAUCCUCAUAUGUCCUUCAAUUCCCUUGACCCUUGGGCGACCCAAGCAACCUCCAAACCACCUUUUCAUGACUCUUCGGACACCACAACAUGGUGGCACAUGGCCUUGAGUACUUGGUUGCACCUGGAGCAUUCCUUGGCGUUCAAACGCGCCUUAUUUAUACGAAUUACCUGAAAUACACAAAAACCAACUUUACGUGCAAUAUCGCAUAAAAACGACAACAUAUAUGUACAAACGCAAUAUACUAGAGGACUUAAGCACUAAGAAUAUGCAUUAUUGGGUGCUUAUCAGCCCACUAGAUUCCUUCCUUCUCCGGUUUUUAUAGAACACAUACACGAGAGAGAGAGAGAGAGAGAGAGAGAGAGAGAGAGAGAGAGAGAGAGAGAGAGAGAGAGAGAGAGAAUUGUAGAGGCAAUGGAGUCGGAGCUGAAAGAGAUGUUAAUUUAUCUUGACACUCUCAAACGUUCCUUACAUGAUCCCUUUCUUCUCGCUUCGAUCGAUAAAGGUGGGAAUUGAGAUUCCGAAGAUUGAAGUCCGAUUUGAGCACUUAUCAGUUGAUGGAGAUAUACAUGUUGGGGGCAGAGCACUUCCUACUCUAUUUAAUGCCACCUUGAAUGCACUUGAGAGUAUUCUGGGACUAAUUCGGCUUGCCCCUUCUAAGAAGAGAAAAAUUCAGAUACUUAAAGAUGUUAGCGGCAUUGUGAAACCAUCACGGAUGACAUUGCUUUUAGGUCCACCUAACGCCGGCAAAACAACAUUGUUGCUAGCACUAUCGGGAAAGCUUGAUCGGGACCUAAGGUUAUCAGGAAAAGUCACCUAUUGUGGUCAUGAAUUGAAUGAGUUUGUUCCUCAAAGAACUUGUGCUUACAUUAGUCAACUAGAUCUUCACUAUGGGGAGAUGACAGUGAGAGAGACAUUGGAUUUCUCAGGACGUUGUUUUGGGGUUGGCACAAGAUAUGAAAUGCUUGUGGAGCUCUCAAGGCGAGAGAAAGAAGCAGGAAUUAAACCAGAUCCUGAGAUUGAUGCAUUUAUGAAGGCCACAGCAGUGUCGGGCCAAGAGACCAGUUUGGUUACAGAUUAUAUUAUCAAGAUACUCGGAUUGGAUAUAUGUGCGGAUAUUUUGGUUGGUGAUGAAAUGAGAAGAGGUAUUUCUGGUGGACAAAAGAAGCGUGUGACCACUGGAGAGAUGUUGGUGGGACCAGCAAAAGCUCUUUUCAUGGAUGAGAUAUCGACCGGGUUGGACAGUUCCACAACUUUUCAGAUUGUCAAGUACAUGAAGCAAAUGGUCCAUAUAAUGAAUGUGACAAUGAUCAUCUCUCUUCUUCAGCCAGCCCCAGAAACUUAUGAUCUGUUCGACGACAUCAUCUUACUUUCAGAAGGUCAAAUUGUCUAUCAAGGUCCACGGGACAAUAUCCUCGAGUUCUUUGAGUUCAUGGGUUUCAAAUGCCCUGAAAGGAAAGGAGUCGCCGAUUUUCUUCAAGAAGUGACUUCCAAGAAAGAUCAAGAACAAUACUGGUUCAAAAAGAACCAACUAUAUAGAUAUGUCUCAGUUGCCGAAUUCUCGCAGGCCUUCUACUCAUUCCAUAUAGGCCAACAACUAGCGGCAGAUCUUAGUGUUCCUUAUGAUAAAACGAAAACCCACCCGGCUGCUUUGGUGACAGAAAAGUAUGGGAUCUCCAACCGGGAACUUUUUAAGGCAUGCUUUGAUAGAGAGUGGCUCUUAAUGAAGCGCAACAUUUUUGUUCACAUAUUCAAAAUCACCCAAAUAACAAUCAUGUCAUUGAUAGCCUUGACUGUGUUCUUGAGGACAAAAAUGCCGUCUGGCACUUUGCUAGAUGGAGGGAAGUUUUUCGGAGCUCUAUUCUUCAGUUUGAUUAACGUGAUGUUUAAUGGGAUGGCGGAGCUCGCAAUGACUGUCUUGGGGCUUCCUGUCUUCUUUAAACAGAGGGAUGCCUUAUUCUAUCCUCCGUGGGCUUUUGCCUUGCCGAUUUGGGUCCUUCGGAUACCCGUCUCCCUCCUGGAAUCAGCAAUAUGGGUUGUUCUUACGUAUUACACAAUUGGGUUUGCUCCAGCUGCAAGUAGAUUUUUCCGUCAGUUCUUGGCAUUCUUCAGUAUACAUCAGAUGGGUCUGUCUCUCUUUCGCUUUAUUGCUGCAGUGGGGAGAACACAGGUUGUUGCUAGCACUUUAGGCACCUUCACCUUGCUACUUGUUAUGGUUCUUGGAGGAUUUAUUGUUGCCAAAGAUGACAUUGAGCCAUUUAUGAUAUGGGGCUAUUAUAUUUCUCCAAUGACAUAUGGACAGAAUGCAAUAGUCAUGAAUGAAUUUCUUGACAAGAGAUGGAGUGCCAUUAACACAGACCCCCGAAUUAAUGCACCUACGGUUGGGAAAGUCCUCCUCGUGUCGAGAGGCUUCUUCACAGAUGAUUACAUGUUUUGGGUUUGCAUUGGAGCAUUGGUUGCGUUUUCUAUUCUCUUCAAUGUUUUGUUUAUCGCAGCAUUGACUUACUUGAAUCCUUUGGGUGAUUCAAGAGCUGCAGUGCUGGAGGAAGAUGAUAAAAAGAAGAAGAAGUCACUGUAUGGACAAAUGGCAUAUGAAGGUGUUGACAUGGCAGUAAGAAAUGCUUUACAGCGUAACCGUGCACCUAAAAAAGGAAUGGUUUUACCCUUUCAACCCCUUUCACUAGCAUUCAAUCACGUCAACUACUAUGUGGAUAUGCCCGUUGAAAUGAAAAAGCAAGGGAUUGAGGAGGAUCGUCUUCAACUUCUGCGAGAUGUUAAUGGUGCUUUCAGACCAGGGAUAUUGACUGCACUUGUGGGUGUUAGUGGUGCUGGAAAGACCACAUUGAUGGAUGUGUUGGCUGGAAGGAAGACUGGUGGGUAUAUUGAAGGAACUAUCAGCAUUUCGGGUUACACGAAGAACCAAGCAACAUUUGCAAGGGUUAGCGGGUACUGUGAACAGAAUGACAUUCACUCACCUUAUGUUACUAUUUAUGAAUCUAUUCUAUACUCUGCUUGGCUCCGUCUUUCCUCAGAUGUGAACACAAAAACACGGAAGAUGUUUGUUGAAGAAGUGAUGGAGUUGGUUGAGCUUAACCCGAUAAGGAAUUUCUUAGUUGGGCUUCCAGGAGUUGACGGUCUUUCGACAGAACAAAGAAAGAGGUUAACGAUAGCUGUAGAAUUGGUUGCUAACCCAUCUAUCAUCUUCAUGGAUGAACCUACAUCAGGCCUUGAUGCUAGAGCUGCAGCCAUUGUUAUGCGAACUGUGAGAAAUACGGUGGACACGGGAAGAACUGUAGUGUGCACAAUUCACCAACCAAGCAUAGACAUUUUUGAAGCUUUUGACGAGUUACUUUUGAUGAGGAGAGGAGGUCAAGUCAUUUAUGCUGGACCGCUGGGUCGUCAAUCCCGAGAGCUUAUAGAAUAUUUUGAAGCUGUCUCAGGUGUGCCCAAGAUUAAGGACGGUUACAAUCCUGCUACAUGGGUGUUGGAGAUUAGUUCUCCUACGGUUGAGACUCAACUGAAUGUCGAUUUUGCUGAGAUAUAUGCCAACUCCUCCCUUUAUCAGAGGAAUCAGGAGCUCAUUAAAGAACUCAGUACUCCGCCUCCGGGUUCGGAGGAUCUAUACUUCUCGACCAAGUACUCCCAACCAUUCGUUACACAAUGCAAAGCUUGUUUCCGGAAACAACACUGGUCGUACUGGAGGAACCCCCAGUAUAAUGCCAUUCGGUUCUUCAUGACCAUUGUUAUUGCUGCAUUAUUUGGGUUUAUUUUCUGGAAAAAAGGGCAGCAGAUGACAAAACAACAGGAUUUGAUAAAUCUUUUGGGAGCUAUGUAUGCUGCUGUUCUCUUCCUUGGAGCCACUAAUGCUUCUUCAGUCCAGGCUAUUGUUGUUAUUGAGAGAACAGUAUUUUACCGUGAAAGAGCAGCCGGGAUGUAUUCAGCGUUGCCUUACGCAUUUUCUCAGGUGGCCAUAGAGGUGGUUUAUGUUACAAUCCAAACAUUGGUAUACUUCCUUGUACUCUACUCCAUGAUUGGGUUUGAGUGGAAGGUUGUAAAAGUCUUGUGGUUCUACUAUUACAUAUUAAUGUGCUUCAUUUACUUCACAAUGUAUGGCAUGAUGGUUGUCGCGCUGACACCCGGCGUCCAAAUUGCUGCCAUUGUUAUGUCCUUCUUCCUUAGCUUCUGGAACUUAUUCUCUGGUUUCCUCAUUCCCAGGCCGCAAAUCCCGAUUUGGUGGAGGUGGUACUACUGGGCUUCUCCAGUGUCAUGGACACUCUAUGGACUAGUGACUUCUCAAGUGGGUGAUAAGGAUGCUUUGCUUGAGGUCCCUGGAGAGGGUGAUGUGCCAUUGAAGCUAUUUCUCAAGUAUUAUUUGGGUUUUGAGUAUGACUUCCUACCUGCAGUUGCAGUGGCCCAUAUUUGUUGGGUCAUAGGAUUCUUCUUUGUCUUUGCCUAUGGCAUCAAGUGUCUCAACUUCCAAAGAAGAUAACAAAGCUUCAAUCACCCAAAAAAAGGUCAGUUCUAGGUGAGUCAAGCUUCUCUCCAAGCUGGACGGUAUUGUUGGGCUCAUUUUGUUCGACUACGAGAGACUUGUAUUCAUGAUUAGGCCGAUCGUUUUUCUAUUGCAUUUCGAUCACCAAUGGAAAAAGUUAGAAUGACGCAAUGACCAUGGCCAGAUGGUUUUGUCGCAUUUGUGAGGGUCGGCCAAUGUUAUUCUGAAGACCAAUAUACGAAAUCAUGUAGCUAUAGUUAUCGCAUUGAUUGGAGUUUUUUUUCAUUAUUGUUCACAUGCAUGGAGCUAAAUAUGAAUGGCUCAAUUGGUGAAAUGGGCCUCAAAGUGGGCUCAACAGCAACAUCCGGUUGAUUAUGAGAUAUGGAGAGAUGCUGAAUCCUAGUAAAAACUACAUACAAUAGGAAAACUGAUUGUGAACAAGUCUCAAAGGAUUGGAGAACGAAUUAGUUUCCUCCUCUCUUUUUGUUCCUUGUUUGCCUAAUCUUGUAAUAUUAUCCCAGUGGAUUACAUUUUCGUACCAUGCAGCUGCUUUUGUAAUGCAACAAAAAUGGAAAAUUGAUGACCACCCAUGUCUGGAUGUUAAAAAAAAAGGAUAUUGCAUAUAUUAAAGGCUUUUUUCUCUUUUUUU